UCCCUCACCACCCUGCCUGGUGUGUCGGGAGCUGGUCGUAGGAGGGGGCUCUUCGGGAAGCUUGGUCCCAUGCCCCUUUGUGAGCUGCUCGCCGCGUGACGAUAAGGACGGGCCAAGGUGGAGCUCACCACCCGGCUCCCUCGUUACUCCUGCGAGCAAGGAUCUUGCCUAUCUGUCCCGCGCGCCCACUGGGAUGUUUCGCCAGUGGUCGGUGCAGUCAGGACCAGCCUCACGAAGGCCUGAAUCCCAGGCGGCCUCGGAGGAGCUGUGGGAGCAAGAAGUGGAGCGGCUAUGCGCCUCCCGGACUCCUGUGCGGAUGCUGCCCUACUCCAUGGCCGACAAGCGCUUCAUCCGGGAACUGCGGGAGCCCGAGGGAGUGAAGACCUCCUGGCAUCGGUGGCAUCGCCCGAGGCGGGUAGUGCGACAGCACCUGAGGGAGGCAGAGCAACGGCUGGCCCGCGGCUUCGGGCUCUGGGAGGGAGCUCUCUACGAGAUUGGGGGCCUCUUCGGGACCGGGAUCCAGUCCUACUUCACUUUUCUUCGUUUCCUGCUGCUGCUCAACCUGCUGACCAUGCUGCUGACUGCCUGCCUUGUGCUGCUGCCCCUGGUCUGGCUCCGCCCCCCUGAGCCAGGCCCCGCCCUGAAACUGACAGGCCUCCAGUGCUCCAACAGCCCCCUGCCCCAGAGUGACAUUCCAAGGUUCCACAACCCACUUUGGAAUAUUUUAACUGGCAGGGCCUUCAACAACACCUAUCUCUUCUACGGUGCCUACCGAGCAGGGCCAGAGAGCAGCUCUGAAUAUAGCAUCCGCCUGGCCUACCUCCUUAGCCCGAUGGUCUGCCUGCUCCUCUGCUUCUGUGGGAUACUGCAGAGGAUGGCAGAAGGCCUGCCACAGCAGUCGCUCUUGGACCAGCGCUACAGAACACCGCUCAGCGCCAAAGUGUUCUCUGCCUGGGACUUCUGCAUCCAGGUGUGGGAAGCUGCCACCAUCAAGAAGCACGAGAUCAGCAACGAACUGAAGGUGGAGCUGGAAGAGGGCCACAGGGUGGAGCUGGCUCAACAAGAGACCCGGGCCCAGAAGGCCUGCCGCCUGCUCACCUACCUGCGCACCAACAUCCUCAUUAUGCUCCUGGUGGUCGGAGCCAUCAGCGCCAUCUUCUGGGCCACCAAGUACUCACAGGACAACAAGGAGGAGUCCCUUUUUCUGGUGCUCCAGUACCUGCCUCCUGGAGUCAUCUCCCUGGUCAACUUCCUGGGCCCCCAACUGUUCACAGUCCUGAUCCAGUUGGAGAACUACGCUCCCAGCACUGAAGUCAACCUCACCCUGACCUGGUGCGUGGUGCUGAAGCUAGCCAGCUUGGGGAUGUUCUCCUUCUCCCUGGGCCAGACGGUGCUUUGCAUAGGCAGAAACAAGACGAGCUGCGAGUCCUAUGGCUACAACGCUUGCGACUACCAGUGCUGGGAGAACUCGGUGGGCGAAGAAUUGUAUAAAUUAAUCAUCUUCAACUUCCUGCUCACCGUGGCCUUCGCCUUCCUGGUCAGCCUGCCUCGGAGGCUGUUAGUGGAGCGCUUCUCAGGCUGGUUCUGGACGUGGCUGGACCGGGAAGAGUUCCUGGUGCCCAAGAAUGUGCUGGACAUCGUGGCUGCACAGACUGUCACCUGGAUGGGCCUCUUCUACUGCCCCCUGCUGCCACUGCUCAACAGUGUCUUCCUGUUUCUCACCUUCUAUAUCAAGAAGUACACCCUCCUGAGGAACUCCAGGGCAUCCCCACGGCUUUUCCGAGCCUCCAGCUCCACCUUCUUCUUCCAACUGGUGUUGCUCCUAGGCUUGUUUUUGGCUGCAGCCCCUCUGGCCUACGUGAUCAGCAGCACCCGCUCCUCCUGGGACUGCGGCCUCUUCACAAACUACUCGGCCCCCUGGCAGGUGGUACCUGAGCUGGUGGGCCUCCAGCUCCCGCUCCCUGGUCAGCGGGCCCUCCAUUACCUCAGCUCCCACGCCUUCAGCUUCCCACUCCUCAUUCUGCUCAGCCUUGUCCUGACCGUUUGCAUCUCCCAGUCCCGGGCGAAUGCCAGAGCCAUCCAUGGGCUGAGGAAGCAACUGGUGUGGCAGGUCCAGGAGAAGUGGCAUCUGGUGGACGACUUGUCACGGCUGCUGCAGGAGCUGAGCCCAGAGCCCGAGUCGCCUCACUCUCGAGCUUCGCGUCCAGGAUCCUUCUGCCCCGGAUUCCCAUGCCCAGGCUCGCCCCGCCCCAGGACACCCCGGCUGGGACCCUCCAACAGGCUGAGCUCCUCGAGCCUCGGAGGCCCCAGUGCCUCAGCUCCCACCCCCAGAUUUCACUUCCCCAGCCGCACAGAGCUAUAGCACCGACCCCAUGCCCCUAGGCUCUGCCGCAGCUUCCUCCAGCGCCUCCUGCACUCCCAGCUCUUCCACCACCUCCUUACACCCACGAUCUCUGCCCCUACCCCCACCAACCAACCACUGCCUACAGAUGGCUCCUGGGCCUCUGGCAGGGUUCUCCAAAGCGAGCCACACCCUCAGGUCAGCAGGAAGAAUUUCUACCUCUAUAUUAUUUUAUCUCAUUCCUUCAAUUUUUUAUUGAGUGUUCUAUAGUGUACAUAACAGUAUGGAUAUAAACUCACGGAUGCAAUUUAUAAAUACAUAUAUUUUUUGGAAA